AUCGUGGCUGCUGAACAGGCUACGUACUGGUCUUGCAAUUACUCGCUAUCAAAACACCCACCCUUCCUCUAAGCUUUUUUUCAAUCAUGGCCGGAAAGACAUUGGGCCGAUCAUCGGGGUCCCUCAAUGCCCCCAUAGCCGCCUUCACCAUGGCGGUCAUCCUCUGCUCUUACUGCAUCAGCUCUAUCCACACUGCCCGUCGCGAAGCACAGUCCUCUGCCCCCAUCACUAGCACCACCAGUUCCCGUCCCAAGCGGGCGGACGCUCAACCCUCUUGGGUCCAGCAGGCUUUGGAGGAAAGCCGGGGCAAGGACUCUUGAUUUGGGCGCGUACGAUUCAAUUGCCCGAUGUUUACGUCUUGCUUGGAAAGAGAAGAGCUACAGGCUACAGCUGGCUGGUAUGCCUUAAUUGGUCUUGUUCUGCAAAUAAACUUGUACUUUGCAUUAUUGUUUCUCCA